AUGAGGGCUUCGACUCUCACUGCCGACCUUGUGUCGGUAGGCUUUCUACUAGCAUGUCUUCUUCGCGCAUCUGCACUUUCAGAAAUGAGAGAUGUCAUUGUGGAGCGCGACGCACAUAACGGAGAUGCUGUUGAACUGCCAGACUAUGAUCAAUACGGAGGACCUCCACCCAACCGUGGCGCUUACGAUUAUGUUACUAUUACUUAUGGAGGAUACGGCCCGCCCCCUCCACCAACAUCGUCAUCGUCCACCCUGGGCCAGUCUGCUUCAGGAACGGCAACCUCUGCUGUCUCGAAUAGUCUGCCUUCUGGCGCAACAGCUAAUGCCUCAUCAGGCUUCUCUUCGUCAAGUCUGCCAACCUUGGGCACGACCUCCGCCUUAUCGUCAACAGUCACAGCACCUUUGGAGUCAUCUAUUUCGUAUACGGGUUCUGCGGUCGGAUCUAACACUCCUCCUGUCAGUACCUUAUUAGGACAAAGUACCGGAAGCAACAGCGCUCCUACGCUACCGACAACUGGAGGCAGCCCAACGAGCAGAUUGAGUACUCUGUCUGGCAGUACUACUUCUGCCUCGAUCGGAGGCGGGCUGUCUUCGCAGGCUACCCCUGUUGAGAGCCCACAGACAAACUCUCCCGGAACUGUCUCGCUUUCCUUCAGCGUAAGUUGA